ACCCCUAACAGGAUGGUUUCCAUGGGGAAGUGAACCAGGACUUCCCCUGCAGGCCCCACCCCAAAGUCAGGCGCAGUGGAGUAGGGAGGAGGCCUCUCUGCCCCCCCAAAACACUCCCAGUGAUUUCCUCUGGGUGGGAGGGACCCAUGGUCAGUGGCUGAAAACACUGAGGGGAUCACAUUUCACAGAUCUUACUGCACCCCCUGUCCUCCUCAUCCAAGACCAUGACCUUGGACCCCCCCAGGAGAGGCCUUCUGAUGUUGCUGAUGGCUUUAAACCUGACCCAGGGCAACCCUGUGAAGCCCUCUCGGGGUCCGAAGGUGAACUGCACAUGUGAGAGCCCACAUUGCAAGGGGCCUACCUGCCUGGGGACCUGGUGUACUGUAGUGCUGGUGCAGGAAGAGGGCAGGCACCCCCAGGAACAUCGGGGCUGUGGGAACUUGCACCCAGAACUCUGCUGGUCACGCCCCACUGAUUUCGUCAAUCACUACUGCUGCUACAGUUCCCUCUGCAACCACAACGUGUCCCUGGUGCUAAAGGCCAACCCAACUCCGGAGCAGCCGCAAGUAGAUAGCCAGCUGCCUCUGAUCCUGGGCCCUGUGCUGGCCGUGCUGGCCCUGGUGGUCCUGGGUGCCCUGGGCCUGUGGCAUGUCCGGCGGAGGCAGGAGAAACAUCAGGGCCUGCACAGCGAGCUGGGCGAAUCCAGACUCAUCCUGAAGGCAUCCGAGCAGGGGGACAGCAUGUUGGGGGACCUCCUGGACAGUGACUGCACAACAGGCAGUGGCUCUGGGCUCCCCUUUCUGGUGCAGAGGACAGUGGCACGGCAGGUCGCCCUGGUGGAGUGUGUGGGAAAGGGCCGCUAUGGUGAGGUGUGGAGAGGCCUGUGGCAUGGUGAAAGUGUGGCGGUCAAGAUAUUCUCCUCGAGGGAUGAGCAGUCCUGGUUCCGGGAGACUGAGAUCUACAACACAGUGCUGCUCAGACAUGACAACAUCCUAGGCUUUAUUGCCUCGGACAUGACCUCCCGCAACUCGAGCACGCAGCUGUGGCUCAUCACGCACUACCACGAGCAUGGUUCGCUCUACGAUUUCCUGCAGAGGCAGACGCUGGAGCCCCAGCUGGCCCUGAGGCUGGCUGUGUCCGCCGCCUGCGGCCUGGCGCACCUGCACGUGGAGAUCUUCGGCACUCAGGGCAAACCCGCCAUCGCCCACCGCGACCUCAAGAGCCGCAACGUGCUGGUCAAGAGCAACCUGCAGUGUUGCAUCGCGGACCUGGGCCUGGCUGUGAUACACUCGCAGGGUAACGACUAUCUGGACAUCGGCAACAACCCUCGAGUGGGCACCAAGCGGUACAUGGCCCCCGAGGUGCUGGAUGAGCAGAUCCGCACUGAUUGCUUCGAGUCCUACAAGUGGACGGACAUCUGGGCCUUUGGCCUGGUGCUGUGGGAGAUCACCCGCCGGACCAUUGUCAAUGGCAUUGUGGAGGACUAUAAGCCACCCUUCUAUGAUGUGGUUCCCAAUGAUCCCAGCUUUGAGGACAUGAAGAAGGUGGUGUGUGUUGACCAGCAGACCCCCACCAUCCACAACAGGCUGGCUGCAGACCCGGUCCUCUCAGGCGUGGCUCAGGUGAUUCGAGAGUGCUGGUACCCCAACCCCUCUGCCCGCCUCACUGCCCUGCGGAUCAAGAAGACACUACAGAAACUCAGCCACAGUUUUGAGAAGCCCAAAGUGAUUGACUAGCCAUGGGCCUGACACCUCACUUCCCUCAGCCUGCAGUGUGCGGGGGAGUGGGGGUGGGUGGGCAGUGAAGGGUGGUCCAUCUGAGUGGAGAAAGUGUGUGUGCUGGAAGGGGUGUGCUCCUCUAGGGGCAGCUGUGCCUGCCUAGCUCUGCCCCCAGCCCAUCCAGCCAAAAAUACAGCUGGGCUGAAACC